GCAUCUGACAGUAGUCAGAAUAAAAGAGUUCUUCGGACUUCGGAAACAUGCAUUAGCUUGCACCUGCUGGAACGUGUUAUGGUGUUGAUGUCGGACGAAAUAAAUUUACGAGUAGUUUCAUCGCGUCGCUCAAAAACGCUGAUGCACUGAUCGCCCUCAACCCCUGUCACCAUCCCCCACAGUACUCUACGAGCACCUCCCCAGAACCUUGAAGCUUCGCGCCGGUCCUGGGCAUCCAGCACAUCUAGAUCAAGAGCUCCAGAAAUGAAGACUUCCAAAUGCCUCCGCCUCCGGUGGUAAGAAAUUUAUUCAUGCGAAUGUUCUCUGUUCCCACCAGUAUACUAAAUAUAUUGAUUGCGUAGACUCCUUCGCCACGGCGAUUCGUGAUCAAGAGAGAUCCUCCGCCGCGGAAGACGCCAUUGACUCAGGAAUAUAAACCGCGACCUGCCCCUCCUCUCCCUCCUCCAUCAUCCAGCAAUGCUCGACCCCCAAGCAUCACCCCGCAGUUUAAUGCGACCCGUCGAUUCAAUGUGCCAUCCACUCCUCGUCCAACGGCCACUCCGGGGCCUGUCGCCACUCAAGAACGCUUUGCUCCCACUCCAUCGGCAUCGCGUUUCGUGACACCAGGGAGGAGAGUCUUGAAAGCGGAAGACUCGAUUGAUACCUAUACUUCAUCCGAUGGUCUACAAGCCUCCAUCGAGAAUGAUGAUGAAGAUACGGAAGAGGUAGGAUACGGUGGUAUCACAAUAGAAGAAGAAGAAGGAUUUCCAAUCGAAGCCCCAAGUCCUAAACGUCGCCGGCUCUCUGCGAGUAGUUCUCCUUUUCAGGAGAAUGACGAUCAAAAUGAAUCAAAUAAUAUCGACUCCUUCACUUCCGCUAUUCUCUCCUCUCCACUGCCUCGUCCGGCCCAUCUCGCACUCCCAGCUUCAGCACAACGCUUCUUAGCACCACCAUCCACACCUCUCCCCACGAAUCCCUCACUCCCAGCUUUCCGAAAACCACCACCCUUUCGACCUCCAGAUCCUGGAGAACAGGGACAAUCACAAGGCGAUCCGCUCCCUGAACAAUUCUCUCCACAUAGGAAAGGAAUGAAAUACAUACCAGGAGGUCUAGCAUCCGAACUUCAAGGCUGGCUAUUCAACAUUGAAGCUACUCCUUCCCAUACAUCCCGAGAAGGAGGUUGGUUAGUCCAGAUUCUGGUUGAUGAAAUCAGUGGUAGUUCACGAGCUGGAAUGACCAUGAUUCGGGGCCGACAAAUGCAGAAUGUGAGUAAUGAAACGGGAUCAGCUCAUGUGGUCGAUCAUUUAGGUUUUGUGCAAGUUAUUCUUGCAGGAGAGGGACAAACGACUGGUUUGCAAAGAGGGGAGGCAAUUGAGAAGGGGAAGAUGGUAGGUAUCAAGGGACCAGUGUGGGAAGCUGUGGUUGAGGGAUGUAAAUGGGGAGUGGGUGUUAAUUGGAAGGUAUUAGGAGAUGGAUGAUCAGAUGCAUGGCAUGACAUUAUGAUAAAAUGAUUGAGAUGAGAUACCCAUGGCUUGAAUUAUCAAGAGCUAUUUAGCUAUUGUACCUAUCACCGCUAUCAAGAUUCUAGCAAAAUAAGAACUCCCCCC